UUUGAAAACGUCUUUGAUUGAUUUUUGUGAUAACUCAUUCUCUCUUUCGUACAGACAUAGAUCUUGUGUUUCUCAGCUUUCAAGCAGAUCAUUUGCAGAGAUAUUCCUCCAAGUCAAAGGGUUUAUCCAACUGCACUAUAACUAUGAUCAACACGGGGAAACUCGCUGGUCGGACAGCGUUCAUUACCGGUGCCAGCAGAGGUAUUGGCAAGGCCAUUGCGCUGAAAAUUGCUCGUGAUGGUGGAAAUGUGGUGAUUGCCGCAAAGACGGUCAAACCUCAUCCCAAACUGGCUGGUACCAUCUACACUGCCGCCAAAGAAAUUGAGGAAGCCGGAGGUAAGUGUCUGCCGUGUGAGGUGAACAUCCGUGAUGAGGCUGCUGUGGAACUGGCUGUGCACAAGGCCGUGCAGACGUUUGGUGGCAUUGACAUAGUGAUCAACAACGCUAGUGCCAUCUCUCUGACUGGUACCCAGGAGACACCAAUGAAGAGGUUUGACUUGAUGUUUGGUGUGAAUGUCCGCGGCACGUACUGCACCUCUCAAGCAUGCAUGCCAUAUCUGCUCAACGGAAAGAACCCACACGUUCUCAAUAUCAGUCCUCCGCUCAGUAUGAGGCCUCAUUGGUUCAAGAAUCAUGUGGCGUAUACCAUGGCCAAGUAUGGCAUGUCAAUGUGUGUGCUGGGUAUGUCUGAGGAGUACAAGGCUAAAGGCGUUGCCGUCAAUGCUCUCUGGCCGAAGACGGCGAUCAACACAGCAGCCAUGGAGAUGCUGGGUGGAGAGCAGACGCUAGAGCAAUGCCGCACCGUCGACAUCAUGGCUGACGCAGCCUACGCCAUCCUCACCAAGAACAGCCGCGACAACACGGGCAACUUCUACAUUGACGAGGCCGUUUUGCGGGAGUGCGGUGUGGAGAACUUUGAUCACUACUCUGUCAAACCAGGUGCCACACUUAUGCCCGAUUUCUUCUUGGAUGAUGAUGCGAUCGCGUUGGCAGAGAUGGGACGUAAACGCAUGAAGGCACAGCAAGAAGUUCCUGAGGAAGUCGCUGCUGAACAGCAUCAAACAACAACUGACACGCCAUCUGAGUCCACGCCAGUGUCAGAAGUGUUCGAUUCGAUGCGCUCUGCGCUCAACGAGGAAAUGGUUUCACGCGUGGGCGGCGUGUUCUCUUUCGAGGUGUCCGGCAAGCACGAAGGCACAUGGUAUGUUGACCUGAAGAAUGGUGCCGGUGCCAUCGGCCAGGGUGCGCCAGUCGGUGACGAGGUGGAUGUCGUCAUGAAGAUGUCGUCGGACACGUUUGUGCAACUCUUCACUGGCCAGACGCAGACAGUGAAGGCGUACAUGAUGGGCAAACUGAAAAUCAAGGGCAACAUGGGCAUGGCUAUGAAGCUGGACAAGCAACUCAGCAGAAUUAUCAAGUCCAAGCUCUAGACGAGACAUGCUAUUGUGCCAAUCUGAACAUUUUAGCUUCCGAAAAUCAGCACCAACUGUGGCUUGCUUUGCUGCUGGCAUGCUAAUACUGGCACCGCUGUGUGGCGCUGCUGCUGCUGCUGCUGAAUUCUGUGCGUCCGAUGUGCGUUAUCCAAUGCCUGCAUGUACCUCUUUGCAAGGUGGGUGUCUCUGGUGUUGUUCUCUUAGUAAAUACUCUUACUAAAUUGUAUUUACAGUAGUACUGAAGUAGUUACAAUUAACGGUAACCCUUUGUCACUACUUCAACUACACAAACUGGCAGUGCACUGUGUGGCACUCAUCUUUAUGCAGGACUCUAUUUAGGACUGACCCGUUGCUAUUUUCUUUUAGAGUUUCCGUAUCUUGAAUUUAGCCGCUUAUUUAGAUUUGGACACAUUUGUUGUGGGUUUUUUGUUUGUUUUUAAACGUGUCUCUACGCGUACGGUA